AGACCGCACUCUUCCAAUACUGUCUCUAAUAAAAAGCUAAGUCCCUUUUCCCAUGACUCCAACCAGCGCGUCAUCAUCAAUUCAUCAUAUCCAAGCUCACAUUUUCACAGUGACACUGUCACCUACAGAAACCCAAAUGCAGCUUAUGUGAUUUCUCACAAUGUCUCCGAUCACAUUACCUCUCUCCCAACUCAAACUCUUAUCUCCAUCCUUCAACACCACUCCUUUAUUCUCCUUUUCCGCUUCCUCUAACAACCUCUCCCCCAUUUCCGCUCUCUGCAACGCUUCCCAUUUUAACUUCCGCAGGCUCGCUUCCACCAGCGAACCGCUCCCGGUCACGCCUGCAGCAUCUACCACCACUAUCAACACCUCCGUCACCGUCGGGACUGACGACGACCAGUCCGAUUCUUGCGCAGCAACCGCCUUCGUGAUCCAUGCCCGUAGCCGAAUCGGCCUCCUCCAGAUCAUCACUCGUGUCUUCAAAGUUCUUGGCCUCCGCGUCGAAAAGGCCACUGUUGAAUUCGAAGGGGAUUAUUUUAAGAAAACGUUUUAUGUCACUGAUUCCCAUGGGAAUAGAAUUGAGGACGCUGAGAGCUUGGAUAAGAUUAAAAAAGCGUUGAUUGAGGCUAUCGAAGGUGGAGAUGGAGCCGCCGAGGUGAAGAUGGGGUCCACUGGAAGAGGUGUAGCGGUGAGGAGGGCUGGAUUGGGGCUAGGUGAGGAGAGAGCAAAAGUGGAUAGAAUGUUCGGCUUAAUGGAUCAGUUUUUGAAGAACGAUCCGAUUACUCUACAAAAUGAUAUUUUACGUCACGUUGAGUAUACGGUGGCCAGGUCACGCUUUAGUUUUGACGAUUUUGAAGCUUAUCAGGCUUUAGCACAUAGCGUGAGAGAUCGGUUGAUUGAACGUUGGCAUGAUACCCAAGUACACUUCAAGAGAAAAGAUCCAAAGCGCAUAUACUUCCUCUCACUCGAGUAUCUUAUGGGUCGCUUCUUGUCAAAUAGUGUCAUCAAUCUUGGCAUUCGGGACCAAUAUGCUGAUGCAUUAUCUCAGCUUGGUUUUGAGUUUGAAGUUUUGGCAGAGCAGGAAGGGGAUGCUGCUCUUGGUAAUGGUGGCCUUGCUCGUCUUUCAGCUUGUCAAAUUGAUUCCUUAGCAACAUUGGACUAUCCUGCAUUGGGUUAUGGGCUGCGAUACCAGUAUGGGUUGUACCGUCAGGUCAUAUUGGAUGGCUAUCAGCAUGAACAACCUUAUUAUUGGUUAAAUUUUGGAAAUCCUUGGGAAAUAGAACGGAUUCAUGUAACUUACCCUGUGAAGUUCUAUGGGACCGUUGAAGAGGAAGAUUUCAAUGGAGGAAAACGUCAAGUUUGGGUCCCCAAAGAAACGGUUGAAGCUGUAGCCUAUGACAAUCCAAUACCUGGCUAUGGAACCAGGAAUACAAUUACUCUUCGCCUCUGGGCUGCAAAACCAAGUGAUCAAAAUGAUAUGGAGUCCUAUAAUACUGGAGACUACAUCGAUGCGGUUGUCAAUCGAAGGACGGCAGAAACCAUAAGUAGCAUUUUGUACCCUGAUGACCGCUCACAUCAGGGGAAGGAACUACGGCUGAAACAACAAUAUUUUUUUGUCUCUGCAUCAUUGCAAGACAUUAUUCGGAGGUUCAAAGACGCUCACAGUAACUUUGAUGACUUCCCAGAAAAGGUUGCUCUGCAGCUGAAUGAUACUCACCCAUCUCUUGCGAUAGUUGAGGUCAUGAGAGUGCUCAUCGAUGAAGAGCAUUUGAGUUGGAGCAGAGCAUGGGACAUUGUGUGCAAGAUUUUCUCUUUUACAACUCACACAGUGUUGCCUGAAGGAUUGGAGAAAAUCCCUGUUGAUCUACUGGAAAGUCUUCUACCGCGUCAUUUACAAAUAAUAUAUGAUAUAAACUUCAAUUUCAUUGAAAAGUUGAAGAAGAGAAUUGGUUUAGAUUAUGACCGGCUUUCCAGGAUGUCAAUUGUUGAGGAAGGUGCUGCGAAGAGUAUUCGGAUGGCAAAUCUAUCAAUUGUCUGUUCUCACACUGUGAAUGGUGUUUCUAAAAUACACGCGGAGUUGUUAAAAACAAGAGUUUUCAAGGACUUCUAUGAGCUGUGGCCUCACAAAUUUCAUUACAAGACUAAUGGAGUAACCCAGCGUCGCUGGAUUGUUGUCAGCAACCCAAGUUUAUGUGCGCUUAUCUCAAAAUGGCUUGGGACAGAAGCUUGGAUUCGCAAUUUGGACCUAUUAGCAGGCUUGCAAGAGUAUGCCACAAAUGCUGAUUUACAUCAAGAAUGGAAGAUGGUGAGGAAGGUUAACAAAAUGAGGCUUGCAGAAUAUAUUGAAACAAUGAGCGGGGUCAAGGUCAGUGUGGAUGCAAUGUUUGAUGUGCAGAUAAAGCGAAUACACGAGUACAAAAGACAGUUUCUCAAUAUACUUGGCAUCAUUCACAGAUAUGAUUGCAUUAAGAACAUGGAGAAGAAUGACAGGAGAAAUGUUGUCCCUCGUGUUUGCAUAAUUGGAGGAAAAGCUGCUCCUGGUUAUGAAAUUGCAAAGAAGAUUAUCAAACUUUGUCAUGCUGUAGCAGAAAAAAUUAACAAUGACCCAGAUGUUGAUGAUCUUUUGAAGCUGGUUUUUAUCCCUGAUUACAAUGUCUCUGUUGCUGAGUUGGUAAUACCGGGGGCUGACCUAUCACAACACAUAAGCACUGCUGGACAUGAGGCGUCGGGAACUGGCAGCAUGAAGUUUUUGAUGAAUGGAUGUUUACUUCUAGCUACUGCAGAUGGUUCAACCAUUGAAAUUAUAGAAGAGAUAGGUGCAGAUAACAUGUUUUUGUUUGGUGCAAAAGUAAAUGAAGUUCCAGUUUUGCGCGAGAAAGGACCUGCUCUUAAAGUACCUCUUCAAUUUGCUCGUGUUGUAAGGAUGGUUCGAAAUGGCUACUUUGGCUUUGAAGACUAUUUUAAAUCAUUGUGUGACAGCGUGGAGGUUGGCAAUGACUUCUACCUCCUUGGUUCUGAUUUUGAGAGCUAUCUAGAAGCACAGGCCGCUGCUGAUAUGGCAUUUGUUGAUCAGGAGAAGUGGACUCAAAUGAGCAUUCUUAGCAUGGCUGGGUCUGGAAGAUUUAGCAGUGACAGAACAAUUGAAGAAUAUGCAGAGAAGACUUGGGGAAUUGAACCCUGUAGAUGCCCAUUCUGAUCUCUUGUUCCUCUGAGUUGAAAUAACGGUUAAGCAGAACAAAUAAUGGACCGAGGGACAUAUUAGCUUUCAGUUUCUAUUCAGAAGUAUUCUAAUUCUCGUUGGCACUAAUUGGCAUCAGUUUAUGCCAAAUGCUGAAUGGCCUACGUUAGCGGCAAGCAGGUAACUAUGGAAGCGCAAUAUGCCACUUCAACUUGAGGAGAAUAAUAAACGAGUGUCUAUACGAGGAGUGAUCUGCAUAUCAUUAUCAAACAAUAAAUUUAGGUAUGCAGCUGCAAGUUGUAACGAGGAAUGUACAUGUGUAGCUGUGAGAGAGUUGUGCACUGUCAACAACUGCGCAUUAAGGAAUAAUGCAUAUAUUCACUCGUGAAUAAACUGACGUAAAACUUUA